AUGAUACUGCGACUGUCCUCACUAGCCCUGGGCCUGCUCCCCCUCGCAAGCGCACUGUCUCCCGCCGACAUUCCCGCCGACACCCCCGUGUCGCAGCUGAUCAAGGACGCCAGCGUCAAGCUCGCGUCCGGCGACACCCAGGAUGCUCUCGUCUACUUCGAUGUCGCCAUCUCGCGAGACCCCAAGAACUACCUCACCUUCUUCAGGCGCGGCGCCGCCUACCUCUCGCUCGGCCGCACGCAGCAGGCCGAGCACGACUUCGACAAGGUCCUGGACCUGAAGCCUGGGUUCGAGGGUGCCCUGCUGCAGAGGGCCAAGAUAAAGGCGAGGAAGGCCGACUGGCUGGCUGCGCGCAAGGACUACGAGGCAGCCAACAAGUCCGACGAGAUUGCCCAGCUGGACGAGGCCCAGGGCGCUGCCAUGAUUGCACACGAGGCCGCCGCAAAGGGCGACUGGGACGCUUGCAUCCAGCACGCAGGCACCGCCAUUGUCGUCGCCGGGGGAGCCUACGACAUCCGCAAGACCAGGGCCACGUGCCGCUUCGAGAAGGGCGAGGUGGUCGAGGGCAUCGCCGACCUGCAGCAUCUCCUGCAGAUGAACAAGGGCGACAUCGAGCCACAUCUCCAGAGCUCGGCCAUGGCCUUCUACUCCCUGGGCGAGCCCGACAAGGGCCUCAAGCACAUCGCACAGUGUCUGCAGUCAGACCCAGACUCGAAGCCUUGCAUGAAGCUCAGGAGACGCGAAAAGACACUCGAAAAGAGCAUGAAGAAGCUCAGGAACAACUUCGAGAGGCGCCAGUUCGCUACCGCCUCGAAGCUGCUGAUUGACCGCGGCGAGGAGGAGCCCGGUCUCCUGAAGGAGGUCAAGCAAGACUUCCAGGACUACAUCCAAGCCGGCUACAUCUACAAGAACUCUCCCCAAGGUCUCUACACACAGCUCGUCGAGAUGACUUGCGAGGCCUACAACGAGAUGAACAACAUGAAGAAGGGCACCCCCUACUGCACCGACGCCCUGACGCUCAACCCGGACUCGCUCCACGGCCUUCUCAACCGCGCCCAACGCGAACUCGAAGCUGACAACUUCGAAGACGCCAUCCGCACUCUCGACCACGCAAAGGAGCACCACCAGCACCAGCGCAUCCAGGAACUUCUUCAAAAAGCACACACCCUGCUCAAGCGCUCAAAGACAAAGGACUACUACAAAGUCCUCGGCUUGACCCGCGACGCCGACGAGCGCGAAAUCAAGAGAGCGUGGCGCAAGGCAACCAAAAUGUACCACCCCGACAAGGCAGCCGCGCAGAACAUGACGCCCGAAGAGGCGCAAAAGAAGAUGUCGGCCGUCAACGAAGCAUACGAAGUCCUCUCCGACCCAGAGCUGAAAGAGCGCUUCGAUCGCGGCGACGACCCCAACAACCCAGAACAGCAGCAGGGCGGCAACCCCUUCCAGGGCUCGCCGUUUGGCGGCCAGCAGUUCAUGUUCAGACAAGGCGGCGGCUUCCCCGGCGGCGGCAGCUUCAAGUUCCAGCAGGGCGGCGGCGGCGGCGGCAAUCCGUUUGGUUUCUAG